AUGGCCCCCGUCGCCACAGAACUCGCCGAGACUCAGACUCGUUUCCCCUCAAAGCCGGAGCACCCUUACUAUCAGCUACCCGUAGAGGACGAUCCUCAAGAUCCAUAUCCAUACAAGCAGUAUCGGCCUCGCUACCCAGACCUCAAGUGGCCUAAAAUCGAGCCGUUCGACAUCGAGGACCGUGGCCUCCGCGCUGAUCUCGCAAAGAAGAAUCUUUUCUCUGCGGCUUCUAAGGUCAUCACGUUGAACCCCACCAUCGGCACAGAAGUCCAUGGCGUUGAUUUGAGAACGCUUACCGAUGCGCAAAAAGAUGAGCUAGCCUUACUAGUCGCCGAGCGGGGGGUAGUCUUUUUUCGUAACCAGGACCUCAAUAUUCGGGAGCAACUCGAGCUUGCCCGCUACUAUGGACCCCUUCACAAGCACCCUACCUCUGGCGUUCCCAGGGAGGAAGGUUUAGAGGAAGUACACGUUGUUUAUAGCGAAAACAACCGCCGCGUGCGCGACCCCUCCCAAUUCUCCAAGCUACAACUGUGGCACUCCGACGUUUCCUACGAACGUCAGCCUCCUAGUACCACCUCGCUCAAAGUCAUCACCGGGCCUGAGUACGGCGGCGACACGCUCUGGAGCUCCGGAUAUGCUCUGUACUCCUCUUUCAGUCGGGGAUUCCAAGUAUAUCUGGAGGGUUUGAGCGCAUUGCAUAGUGCGGUGGCGCAGGCCGAUGGGGCACGAGCGAGUGGAUUGCCGGUAAGAAGGGAACCGGUUGAGACGAUACAUCCAGUGGUGAGGGUGCAUCCUGUGACGGGAUGGAAGAGUAUCUAUGUGAACCCUGGUUUCACCCGCCGCAUCGUUGGCGUUCCGAAGGCUGAAUCCGAUACUAUUCUCCAGUUCCUGUUCGAGCAGAUCGCCCAUAAUGUGGAUUUCCAUGCCCGCAUCAAAUGGGGUCAUAACGACAUUGCGUUCUGGGACAAUAGAAUCGUUACGCAUACAGCUACGUACGACUACGGUCAGGCCACACGCCAUGCUCUCCGCGCCACGCCACAAGGCGAACGCCCGAUCUCUGUCGAAGAGUACGAGAAGGACGGAAAGGUUGCGAAGGAUAGGCAGCUGGAGAUUUGGAAGGCAGAGGGCGUGGAGGCUCCAGAGUGGAAGUCAGCGCCAUCGGAUGGUGUUCAGAAACCAAGGGGAUACAACGAUUAA